ACCACAUGUUCAGCUCUCAGGAAGCUCCUCUGCCUCGAGUGUUAGUCAUUCCCACUACAACACAAAAUUAGUGCUGUGUUUCGACUUUUUUGCGCUUGGAAGUACCUUCCUAACAUGUCGUCGUUCAGGAAAGCUCUGAAAUCUCGACAGAGAAAUCACCAUGAGCGAUCUCAGCCUGGUUUUAGAAAAAACCUGGGGUUGUUGGAGAAGAAGAAGGACUACAAACUCCGUGCUGAUGAUUACCACAAGAAACAAAACACCAUCCUUGCUCUUCGAAAGAAAGCCCUGGAGAAGAAUCCAGAUGAGUUUUACUACAAAAUGGUCAACACCAAACUGCGGGAUGGAGUUCACAUAAUAAAACGACCUAAAGAGGAGGUGGAGGUGACCGAGGAGCAGAAGAAAGUGAUGAGGACGCAGGACAUUAGAUAUGUGGAGAUGAAAAGGGUUGCAGAGGCAAAGAAAAUUGAGAAAAUGAAAGCAGAGCUCCAUCUUUUGGAUGCAGACAGCAAACAGAAAAACACGCACACGUUUUUUGUGGAUUCCAAAAAAGAAGUGAAGUCGUUUGACCUUGCACACCACCUGGACACGGCCCCCGAGCUGCUGAACAGAGUGUACAACAGACCGACCCUGAAAACCCUGGAGACUAAAGUCAUUCAGGGAGCUGAAGCGCCCCGCGUUAUUAAGAAACUGGCAAAGCAAAGGAAACACCAGUAUAAGAUCCUUUCCCAGAGGAUUGACAGAGAAAAGAAAAUGUUUGUCAUCAGCCAGAAAAUUCAGACUCGCAAAGAUCUGCAGGACAAAGGCAAGAAAGUGAAGGUAAAAAAGGAAACGCCAAACAGUGCAGCCAUCUACAAGUUUGAAGCCAAGAGGAAACGCUGAGCACGAAGUCAUCUGCUAUAAGGAUGUGAUCGCAAAGAAGUUCUGCCCCAUGGAACCAAACAGCUGCAAUCACAGUGGAGACCAGAGAGCAAUGUUGUUCUCUCACUGCUGCAGCUGUCAAGUUUUGUACAUAUUUAUCAAAGAUUUAGUUUCUUUCAAAUAAACAUCAGACAAACAUG